AUGUUUCUUCUACUUCUAAUCAUUUCGAUCGUUACCUGGCUGACUGCUAGACAGUUUUUGAAGUCAAAAAGACUUCCACCUGGUCCAGUAUCUCUUCCAUUGAUUGGAAACCUUCAUCAAAUAGGGUAUCAAUUAUGGAGAACCGGAGGAAUCGUUCCUACUCUCAACCAUUACAGAAGACAAUAUGGAGAUGUUUUCACUCUCUGGCUGGGCCCAAUCCCUCAUGUGAACAUAACAGAUUAUGAUAUUUCUCAUGAAGUUUUUGUCAAAAAUGCAACGAAAUAUGCAGAUAAACAUGUUCCACCAGUUAUGAAUUACGUGAGACAUGGAAAUGGAAUCUUCUUUUCGAACGGAGAAAAAUGGCAAGAAUUGAGAAGAUUCUCGAUGUUGACAAUGAGAAAUAUGGGCAUGGGAAGAGAUUUGAUGGAAGAAAAGAUUAUGGCUGAACUUAAUGAAAGAUGCUCUGAAAUCGAUGCUCUGGCAGUAAACGGAACUGUGGUUCAGACCGUCAAUGUGUUUUUUGACUUGACUGUUGGCAGUGUCAUCAACAAUAUGCUUAUGGGAUUCCGAUUUGAUGAGAGAAACAAAAACCGAUUCCUCACUUUUAAACAUAUGUUGGAUACAGCAAUGCAAAAGUUCUCUCCCCGUGAGCUGACUCUUCCAGUUUGGAUUCUGAAGAAAUUCUUCUCGAAAAGUUUCGAUUCUCUCGUCAAUGAUCAACACAAAAUAUUGGAAUAUGUAUCUGAAGAUGCAGUGAAGAGAUCCAGACAAUACUUGAAUGAAGAUUAUGAAAUCGAUCCGGAUAACGUUGAGGACUUUGUUGAUGCAUUCCUGUUGAAGAUGAAACAAGACCCGAAUAGUGAUGUAUACAAUGAAGAGAACUUGAAAAUUCUGGUACUGGACUUGUGGAUUACAGGUCAAGAGACAACUACCAUGACUUUAAUUUCUGCAUUCAUCCAGUUCUUGAAUAAUCCAGAAAUUAUGGAGAAAGUUCGAGAAGAGUUGAUGAAAGUUACAAACAGAGCAACACGACAUUUGUCAUUGAAGGAUAAAAACGAAACUCCAUAUUUCAAUGCAACUAUUGCUGAAAUUCAACGACACGCUUCAAUUCUGAAUGUAAACUUCUGGAGAAUCAACCACGAACCGACAGUUAUCGGAGGUCAUCCAGUUGAUUCUGGAUGUUUGAUUGCUUCUCAAUUGAGUGUUCUUCACACAAAUGAACAAGUUUUCGAGAAUCCAGAACAGUUUGAUCCCGAGAGAUUCUUGAAAAAUGAUAAGUUGAUUCAACAAGUAAUUCCAUUUGGAAUCGGAAAACGAUCAUGUUUGGGAGAGGCGUUGGCGAAGGCAGAAUUGUACUUGAUAAUUGGAAAUCUUCUUCUUCGAUACAAGUUUGAACCACACGGAGGAAUCCCCUCUACUGAAGAAGUCCUCCCUUUUACGAUUGCCAAAAGAUGUGUUGUUUAUGACAUGAAGUUUAUUAAAAUAUAA